UCUAGGUUGUUCCCCAUGAGAGUAACACACAAAGUCAUAUGCUCCUCAUAAACAUAAAAGUUAUAUUUUGCAAAUGCUUGUUGUAUAUAAUAUGUAACUUCAACAAUUUGUUCUUUGUUAAGAUUUUAACAAAUUACUUUGAUGAAGUACUGUAUGUAAUAAGUAAAAUCAGUGAAUAUGCAUGACUUAGAUCAGACAAAAUUAACCUCAUAUAAAAUAAAAUGGGCUUCUAUCUACAUUUUUAGAGGAAACAUUUCAAGUUUUUUUUUAAGUACUUAGAAAAAUUACAUGUGCAUUGAUUUUUCCAGUUAGCAGAUAGUAGGUUAAAAAUAAUUAACUAUGUAACAUUGUUCCUCUUAGUCAUGUUUUCAAAAGAUGAAAAAGUUCAUCCCUGUUUUAGAUUAGUCAUAAAACCAUAAAAUGAGUGUAUUUCAUAAAGUAAUCAAUAAUGAAACGCAGGGUUUGUAUUAUCAACCACUUCCUGCAAAAUCCCCUAUUUUUAAAGCAACACUAAUUUAAAAUGCUACAAUUUUGGAAAGAUUUCAAGAAUUGUGACAAAAGUGUUCAUUAAAUGCAGUGGUAUCUUCUCAUUUAUUAGCUUUUCUGUGUAUUUACAAAUAUACUAAGAGUUCAACCUAGUCAUUAUUUUGACAGAUGCUAGAAAGGACACAAUUCUCUUUUGAAAAGAAUCUUCUUCUCUUCCUAUAUAUAGCCAAGGAUCAUGAAAAUACACCCAUGUUUUGAGCCAUUCUACUACCCACCUGUUGUGGGAACUCUCUAGAGUGUGAGGCUCAAUCUAUAAAGUGCCUAUUGGACUUUGCAAAAAGUUGUUUAAUGUUCACAUGGCAUUCUCUAAUACUGAGUAAUAGAGAUAACCUGGUGCUGACACCUUUCACUAAUAUUUAUUGAGGAUGAUAGAGUAAAUUCAGCCACAGAACAAGGAAGUCUAGAUUUUCUGUGAAACUCUGUCACAGGUUGAUAUAACCUUUCUAUGCUUCAGUUUCCUGGUCACUGAGGUUUAUGGAUUGUACCUCUCUCCGCUGUCAGCCUGAGGCAGGUGUUGAAGAUAAUGGUACUGAAGCUGGGGGCAAACCGAACUUUGGGGUCAGGUACACUUGGACUUGGGUUUCACACUUACUGUGUGACCUUAUUAACAUUCCUAAACCUCCUUCUACUGAUCUGUAAGGUGCAGUGAUAAUGUCAGCUCAGCAAGAUUAGUAUAGAGAUUAAAUGAGAUAAUGCAAAGUGUGAAUCCAGUAGCUGGCACUGCGCAGGGAGAAUUGUGCACCUCUGUGUCUCUCUGUAUCUUUCACUCUUCUCUCCACCUUCCCAAAAAGAAGAAUACAGGGGAUGUAGUUAGAUGUCAUUACCAUCUCAGGCUCGUUAAUGCCUGUUGGGCUAAGCAUAGUUAGAAAUUUUUUUUUAACUUUCUGAUGAGAUUUUUGGCAGAGCCAACUUCUAUCUAAAAGCUACAUGAGGUAUGCUAAGUGGAUUGCAUUAACUCAGGAACAUUUAGUAACUUCAUGGAAAUUGCCACCUUUGAGUUAUAUUCAGCCAGCUGCUCCUGUCUUUCAGCAGAUUCAGAGAAGGCUUAACACUACUCAAGUGGAGGAAAACCUUCAAUGGGGAAAAAACAGACAAGGAUUUGCAGUUGCAUCACACUGUUGAACAAUAUCUUCUCUCUCAUCCUGGAAGAGAAUUUUCAGGGCAGUUUAAAGAAAUAUCCCAAAACUUUCAUAAUUUUCCUUUAAUUAGCUCUUUCUACCUAAAGCAGGGUGAAUGGAGUGCUCAUGGUCUUGAAGGAAAAGAAACCAUCAACUUUUGGACAAUGCUUCCUGGAAUGGCUUUUUGAUGUCAGAAUGGUCUCAAGUCCACUGUACCAGCUGAAGGACAAGUCUUUACCCAGAGCUGCAUAUAUAAUGGCCUAAGAGUAUGUUUAUAUAAGUCUGUGAGUAAAACCAGCAGGAGCAAAUGAUCAUAUUAAGGAUUAUUCUUGCAGGUAGAAAACUGCAUCCUGGAUUACUUUCAAAGUCACCUCCAUGUUUCAUCAUCUCUAAAUCACUUUCACUAUAUUAGUUGUUGCAGCUGCCGCACACACACACACACACACACACACACACACACACACAAUCUCUAAAGGGCUCAAGUGGUACAAAAAACAAAAACAAAUUUCUCGCAUGUUGAAUUUUCCAACCUAAACAUCCACAUCCCCAUUUUAUAAACAUGAAAACAAAAUCAGAGAAUAAAAGAUUUGUUCGCAGUAAUAGAUUGGAGACCAAACUAGAGCUGAGAUAUUCUGCUAGGUCCCAAACUGUAUCUAUUCCACUGCACGGGUCUGCAUCAGAAUUCCCAGAAGGUCAAGAAAUCUAACUAUUUCAAGUGCCUCAAGUGAUACAUGAGCAGGUGCAUUGGAGAGUUCUGGAUCACAGUGCUCUGCUGCAUAUUUCCAACAAGGCAAACCUAUUAAUAAUCAUCAAACUAUUCUACAAGCACCAUGGGAUCUAUGUAAAAUCUGAGUUUAAAAGUCCCUGAGGUCAGAGAACCAAGGUUUCAAGCCCCAGAUCUCUUAGGCCAACUCUCUCAGGUGCUGGCACUGCCACAUUCAUGCCUCAACAUUAUCAUCCAGGAUAUUCAUCGUGCAUGAACAUGUUUCAUCCCACUCCUACUGAGCAACUUCCCACUGCUAUUGUAUUCCCUGUAAAUACUAAAGAUUGGUAUUGGGCAAAAGACAGUUGAGGGAAUGAUUUCAAAAAGUCCCUAACAUGCCAAAGCUUGGAAGAGCAGCCCUACAUGUGAAUAAAUGUGACAGGUAAUAACCCAUUCAACUUUUGUCAUUUUUUUUGGUGCCCAUGUUCCCUAGCAUAUACCAGAUAGUAUAAUUUAUUUUAAUUACCAUUCUUCACUGAUGACCAAUAUAAAUUAAUUCCAUACCACUGUUCCUCACUAUCUCUCAUGCCAAGACAUAGCUAACUGCAAGGCUGUAAGAUGGUCAGUCGGAGUUUGGUAAAGUUUAGCCCUUCUCCAAAUCAAGCCAAAUAAAUAUUACUCACCAUCACACCUGCUCCUAUAAUUCCUGGGAACCACCACUCAAAGCAAGAGAUGAUGUUAGGGGACUGUUGGUCCUCAUCAACAACGCUGAUUAUUAGGGGUAUUGCAUUGAGAACUACUCCCAGCAGAAGCAGAACCAGCAGACUGAAUCCAUUGCAAGACGUCCAUCCUUCACAGCAGGUCAUGGUCGCCCCCAAUUCCGUCAGAAACCCUGUCGAAGUGACUGUGAGUAUGUGGCACUGUCUUGCCUUUUAUCCUGAACCUUCUGGUUAAAGUUUAGCACUUAUGAAAAAUGGAUUGUGGAAAGUAGUUCAGAGUCCACUAGGGCGGGAUGUUAUUAUGAGGGCUAUUACAGGAACCAAGGAUAAUUCUACAAUAUGAUGGGGGUGGAGGAAGGAAGGCAGGAAAAAAUCCAUGGUUUCUGUUAAAUAUGUUUAUGCAUGAAAAUCAGCAGACGGAAAAGGGGGGCUGGAGGCUUAACAGGAGAAAGAUCUCCUCCUCCAGGAUAUUUUACUAACAUGGCUCAUAAAACGUGAGAAUAAGAAUAUCCAGUUAGUAUGAACUGUUUUUUUUUUUUUCCUGUUUUGUUCACAUUAUUGUUACCUAUUUUUGAAAUUGUAAAUUCCUUAUUUUUGAAAUUGUUCAACAAGAAAAUGAACAUAUAUGAUUUGGGGAGAAAAAUGUUUCCUCUGCUGCAAAUGUUCUUGACUAGCCAAAAUAUUAGGAUUCAGUUUCAGGCUAUAUGCUUACAUACACACAAUAAAAUGUUUUCUGAUGUCAGGUUAUUCCAGUCUUGAAGACUAAUCCAUCUGGAGACAAUCCAAGGUUGCCAGACUGAAAGUGAUCAAGUAUGAAACCAGAAUAAAAGGUAAGAAUAGGAAAGAGAUUGAAGAGCAGAUUAUCAUGUCAUUUUCUUCAUCCCUUGAGCACUUACUUGGCCAUGUGCAUGCUUUACUUUUCUGGAUUAUGGUUUCUUUUUGUCUCUCUACCAGGUUGUGAGCUUCCCAAGAAAAGGCUCUAUCAGUUGGAAUUGACUUUAAAAUUAAAAAGUUCUCACUUAUGCUAACUGGCAAUCAUGAAUCACCAAGGAGGCUCCGCUCAUGGUAGUUUCUGAGACAGUGAGAUUGAUGGAGGCCCCAUCUUGACCUAGGCUUCCACUGUUGCAGAGGCAGGAGAUGUCUGCCUUCCAACUCAACCUCAGCCUGCUCAAGGAGCCGCUCGGCUUCAUCAAGGUCCUCGAGUGGAUUGCUUCCAUCUUUGCUUUUGCCACCUGUGGAGGUUUUAAGGGUAAAAUAGAAAUUCUAGUGACUUGUCCUCCUAAAAGUCCUGAAAAUAAAACUGUUACAGCCACUUUUGGUUAUCCAUUCAGGUUGAAUCAGGAGUCAUUUCAGUCAUCUCCAGUAAACAUAUGUGAUGUAAAUUGGAAAAGUUAUGUCCUUAUAGGAGAUUUCUCCUCUUCUGCACAAUUUUAUGUUACAUUUGCAGUCUUUGUUUUUCUGUACUGCAUUGCUCUUCUCCUUUAUGUUGGUUACAUGAACCUAUAUCGGGAUAGUCAAAAACUUUCCAUGACUGACUUCAUUGUUACUCUUGUUGCCACUUUUUUGUGGUUGGUGAGCGCCUCAGCCUGGGCUAAAGCUCUUACAGAUGUUAAAGUAGCUACUGGUCCCAAUAUUGUUGGGGAACUUCUGCCUUGUUCCAAGCAUCCAGAAUUGAUGUGUUAUUAUGUCUCUGUCACUAGUAUGGGAUCCUUAAAUGUGUCUGUGAUCUUUGGGUUUCUGUAUAUGAUACUUUGGGGAGGAAAUGCUUGGUUUGUGUACAAGGAGACCAGCUUACACAGUCCACCAAAUGUGUCUGCCCGUGGUCAAGGAGGUAUUCCACCUCCUGCUGGAAUGUAAACAGAGAAGUGCACUGUGUGAAAUACAUGACCUGUUGCCAACAUCUUGAGAAGCAUUGUUUGUUUCUAAUAAAAGUAAUGGCUUUUUCAAUAAAAAAAAAAAAAAAUGUGUAAUGGGU